UGUUCUGUCCCCGCCCCCUCUUCUAUUUCCGCCCGUUGCCCCGCUGUACUUCCAUGUUUGCAACGCAGGCCCGGUAGAGCGAGGACGCCCGGUCAGCGUGGCGGGCCCCUUGGAAUGCAGAAGAAGCUGUGGGGCAGAGUGAAGGAAGAGGAGGAAGAGGUGAUGGAUGCUGAAGAGCCAGGGGGCAGAGUAAAUGCUGCUGAUGAGGAGGAGGUGACAGGUGCCACUGAAGAGCUGGGGGGCAGUGCAAGGGGUACCCUGGCUGAGGAGGAGGAGCCAGCUGAGGCCGAAGGCCCAAGAGAGGGGACUCUCCCACAGAAGAAGGUGGUCCCUGGCAUCAUCUACCUGGGCCACAUCCCUCCCCGCUUCCGCCCCCGGCAUGUCCGCACCUUGCUGGGUGCCUACGGUGAGGUUGGCCGUGUCUUCCUGCAGCCUGAGAAGCGUUUUGUGCGGCAGAGGAAGAAGAAUGUCGCAGGAACACGGGCCAAGAACUACACGGAGGGCUGGGUGGAGUUCCGGGACAAGCGGGUGGCCAAGCUCGUGGCCUCCAGUCUCCACAACACGCCUAUGGGCACCCGGAAACGAAGCCGCUUCCAUGCUGACCUCUGGAACAUCAAGUACCUGCACCGCUUCCGCUGGCCCCACCUCAGCGAACACCUGGCCUGGGAGUGCCAGGCUCAGGCCCAGCGCCUACGGGCUGAGAUUGCUCAGGCCAAGAGGGAAACCGGCUUCUACCUGCGCAGUGUGGAGAAGGCCCAGCGCCCUGCCCCAACUCCGGGCUCUGGCCCCAGCCCUGCUUCUGCCUGGGGCUACUGCCAGCGCCCCACUGAGCCUGAAAUCCAGCAGCACCGUGGCCCCACACCUAUCCCUGCCCUCCUCCAUAGCAUUUUUGGGACCAAGGAUGAGUAGGCCUUCCUGAUACAGCAUUCUGUGCAGCUGUUCCACCCCAGAGCUGGCUGCAUCCUGGAGUCUGGAGUUUUCCCAGAGCUGUGUAAUAUGCAACUGUUUUUAGCUGUUCCACCCCAGAACUGGCUGCAUUGUGAAGAUUAGGGAGAUUUCUCUGCAUGGUGGUACAUGCAGUCAUUCCACCCCAGAGCUGGCUGCAUUCUGUGGCCUGGGGAGAUUUUCUUGGGGAAUGUUAUACACAGCUGUUCCAUCCCAGAGCUGACUGCAUUCUCACACUCGGCAAGACUUCAGCAUGUGCUAUUAUGUGAAGCCAUCUCCAGGCUGUUCCACCCCAGAGUUGUCUGCACUGCUGUGGCAAAAAAGUCUUCCUUGGGUGGUGUUAUAUGCUAUUGUCUCUGCAUGUCCCACCCCAGAGGUAGCUGCAUUAUGAGGACUGGUGUGAGACUUCCCUGUGUGCUGUUACAUGCAAUCAUUUCCAGGCUGCUCAAUCCCAGAGUUGGCAUCUCAGCUAUCCCCCUCCAGUGUUAUACCUGCCUGUUGUCCAGCUGCCCCACCUGAGCUGGACACAUCUGGGUGCCAGGCAAGCCUCUCUUGGGCUCUGUGUUUUUCCAGGCUCCUUAAGGACUCGGCUACAAGUUUGGAGAUAUGGAGGUGAUAAAUCCAGACUACCCUUCUCCCCCACUCCUUGCCCCUGUCCAGGCUUCAAGGACAUAUCCAAGGGGUGGGUGAGGUAGAUGCAAGCAAAAACCUUGGGGCGCUUAACCUUGGGCUGCAGGUUGGGAGUGAGGGGCACUGUGGGUGAAGGGGAGAGCUGUGGGCUGGGAGUGAGGAGGCCCUGGAAAGUGCCUUAAUAUUCCUUCUGGAAGAUUUGCCAAAAUGGGGGAAAUACUGGGGCUGUUUCUGUUUAACAAAAUGUCUGGUUUUGGGGUGAAAAUACACUCUUUCAGUCAACAAG